AUGGCAAACAUUUCAACUAGCAGACCUCGCACAGAGUACGAGGAAGAUGUUCUACCUGGCACGGAUCUUUUGCAUGGCCGGGGCAGUAAUGAGCUCUCUUCGUCUCGAGACUUGUAUUCUGAUGCAAACAGCAGCCUAGUACCACAUCCCUCAGAUGACUCCAAUGAUCCACUGAAUUGGUCGCCCGCUUGGAAAUAUCUUGUUAUCGCAACCCAAUUUUUAUUUCUCUUUGUCUCUGUUGAAUGCGCCCUUUCAAUGGGCCCAAUGUUUCCCCUCUUCGCUGAAGAGUUUCAUCUUGACGAGACCCAGCUUAGCCUCCUGACCGGGGCUUGUGUUUUGGCCCUCGGCUACUCAAACCUUCUCAUCGUCCCGUGCUCUAACAUAUUUGGCCGUCGGAUCACCAGUCUUAUCUUCUGUCUGCUAGGCAUGGCAUCAUGCCUGUGGCAAGCACUUGCAAAAUCCCACUCGAGCUUGGUGACUGCGCGGGUUAUCAACGGAAUAGCGACAGCCACGAGCGAAACGGUGAUGGUCCAGGUAACUUCGGACAUCUUUUUCUUGCACGAGCGCGGUGCAUGGACCGGCCUUUAUUUUAUGGGGUACUUUCUCGGCUUGUUUAUAGGGCCCAUUAUAUCCGGGAAUAUUGCUCAGAACUUUGGAUGGCGUAGUUUCUUCUGGUUAUCCUUUGCCUUGUCUGCGUUCAAUUUCAUCACUUUACUCGUUUUCUUUCCCGAAACUCGAUUCCUUCGCGACCGUAAGGAUGCCCCCGCAUUCCCCAUUCAGUCGAGAUCUACGGAACAAAUAAAGGAGGAAUGUGAGCAAGUAGAGAUGGUCGACCGUGACUGGAAGCAGCUCCUCUUGCGGAACUUGUUAGUCCCUGUCUACGCAUUUUUUCCCCCCAUUAUCCUCUGGGCAGCAUUGAACGUUACUGGGCCAGCGAACCUCCUGCUAUACUGGAACCUGACGGAAUCAAAAGUGCUGAGUGCCCCACCGUAUGGCUUUUCGCCAUCCAGUGUGGGGUACUCGAAUUUUGCAUUUGUCGCUGGUGGCCUGGUUGGCCUUGUCACCGCUGGUCCCUUUUCGGACUGGAUUGCCGCCAGAGCAACCGCGAGAAACGGCGGUAUUCGCGAGGCGGAGAUGAGGCUCCCAGCACUCAUUCCAUAUUUCAUCACAACCGUUGUUGGCAUCGUCAUUGGAGGCCGCGGGUAUGAUUAUCAAUGGGACUGGCCGCUCAUCGUAAUUGUUGGGUAUGGUUUCACAGGCCUGUGUGUGACUGCCGUUCCAACUAUUGUGAUUUCGUAUGCGGUCGACUGCUAUGAACCAAUUUCUGGGGAGAUUAUGGUCGUGGCUACGGUUAUCAAGAACACGUGUGGCUUUGUCAUGAGCUAUUGGGUGAUGCCAAUGGCUGCAAGACGAGGUUGGAUCGUACCUACUAUGGUUGAGUUUUCGUUGGCUAUUGGACCGUUGUUACUGGGUAUUCCUAUGUAUUUUUUCGGAAAGGGUCUGAGACGGCUGACAAAGGAUGCAAGAAUACAUGCACUUAGUGGGUAA